GGAAAUUUGAAAACUCAUGUGAAGAUCAACCACUCUGAGGAAAAUGAAAUCCAUUGCCCCAAAUGUGACUUUGUGACAUCAUCCAAGAAGAGACUGAGAGAGCACGCUAAGCUGCAUGACACCAAGCCUUUGGAGCGGUGUAGUCAGUGCGAGUACACGUGCACCAGUCGCAACGCCCUGCGUACGCACACCAGCAUACACAACAAGGACAAGCCUUACCACUGCAGCUACUGCUCAUAUUCCACAAAGCAGGGUGGCAAUCUAAAGAAGCAUGUUGAAAAUCUUCAUCUGGAUAGGCCGAGGCCAUCCAGGCAUUCUUCUAAUACCAGGUCAGCAACCAGCAACACCACCAGCGGUGGAAGAGUCAAGGCGAAUACUGAUCGGUGCGAGGAACGCAAGCAUCGUGGUAGAUCUUUCAGUUGCAGGAGGCUGUUCGAGUGUUCCGAUUGUGGCUCCAGUUUUGUCAGGGCGGAUUCACUGCGAUGUCACAUGAAGCAACAUAGUCCAGAUGCAAGCGAGGUAAGUUAUUUGCUGCUUAAACACUGA